AUGCACCUGCAAGCAGUCUUCACGGCUUGGUCGGCAUCCCGUAUCAGAGCUGGUCGCACCGCGCAUUCGCAGCAUUGCACCGAUGCUACUCUGAGCUCUCUGGGUGCUCCGAAGUCUCUGAUGGCUCGCACCACAUGGUAUCGGAUGCAGUCUUCUGCUCUGCACGUUUCGAUUCUUGGGCAAAUGAUCGAGACCAAAAGUCAGGACCCAAGUUCCAGUCCAUCUUUCAAUUCCUGGGGGUUGGUAUUUACCGUGGACAGAUGA